AUGUCGGGAUCCAGUUUGAGUUUUGUCUUGGUACUCUUACUAAGUUGUCUCUCAGAGUCAAGCGCCAUUAUUAGAAAAUUUCAUGAUGUUGCUUGCCGCGCCCACCAUAUUCAGUCCCUUAUGCAGUUCAAGAACGAGUUUGAUUCCAGCAGUUGCAACCAAACUGACUACUUCAACGGAGUCCGGUGUGAUAACAUGACUGGUGAGGUCACGGCGCUACAACUACCACGUGGCUGUCUCAGGGGAACUAUGCAGCCCAACAGCAGCCUCUUCCGUUUGCUUCACCUCAGAUACCUUAAUCUCUCUAACAACAACUUUGGCUCCUCCACCAUUCCUUCUGAACUCGGCAAUCUCAACAGAUUAGAGACUUUGAUUCUUUCCUCUAAUGGCUUCAUAGACCUUUCCCAUAAUGACCUCACCGGUGGUUUCUCACUUGCUCAGAAUCUAACCAAACUCAACCUUUUAGACCUUUCCUAUAACCACCUAUCUUCUACAAUUAUGAAUCCCAAAAGUUCCAUUUUCACGUUGCAUGACCUUCACUACCUUAACCUCUGUUACAACAACUUUGUCUCCUCCACAAUCCCUCCUGAAUUUGGCAAUCUCAAUAGAUUGGAAGCAUUGUCUCUUUUCUCCACCGGCUUGAUUGGCCAUGUUCCUUCCUCAUUUAGUAACCUAAGUCUGCUAACCACGUUGCUUCUUGGCCAUAACGACCUCACAAGUAUUUUCCUACCUGCACAGAAUCUAACAAAGAUUCCAAGCCAAUCUCAUAAGCAACUUGAAGGGCAAAUCCUAGAGCCUAUCUCAAAACUCAUCACCCUUACGACUCUCGAUCUUUCUUUCCUAAACUUAGGUUACCCUAUUGACUUAAGAGUCUUCUCCUCUUUUAAAUCCUUGGCUAUCCUUGCUCUAUCUGGUAACAGUAUAUCGCCGACCAGUUUAAGUUCGGAUUCAGGCAUCCCAUUGAGCAUGGAAGCCUUGCUCUUGUCCCAAUGCAACAUCAGUGAGUUCCCAAACAUCUUAAAACCUCUUAAGAACUUGCGGUCAUUAGACAUAUCCAGCAACAGAAUCAAAGGAAAAAUUCCUGAGUGGUUUUGGAGUCAUCCUCGUCUCAUCUCAGCGAAUUUCUUCAACAAUUCUCUCAAUGGUUUCCAAGGCUUGCCGGAGGUUUUGGUAAACUCAUCACUACGCUUUUUAGAUUUGUCUCUCAACUGUUUUGAAGGAGCACCUCCAAAUCUACCACCCUUCAUAGUCUCCUUCACUGCAAGAGGGAAUAGAUUCACAGGGAACAUACCACUUUCAACAUGCAACCACAACUCUCUCACACUUGAUCUAGCCAGCAACAACUUCACCGGUGCAGUUCCUCCAUGUCUAAGUAACUUGACGGCUGUGAAUCUCCGGAAGAACAACUUGGAAGGAAGUCUACCGGACAUGUUCCAUGAUGGUUCCCCUCUAGAGUCAUUUGACGUGGGCUACAAUCAACUAACCGGAAAGCUUCCAAAGUCUCUAAUCAACUGCUCCUCUCUAAGGCUUUUAAACGUUGAGCACAACGGGAUCAAAGACGCUUUUCCUUUCUGGCUCAAGGCUUUACCUAAUUUGCAAGUGCUUACCCUUCGUUCAAACAAGUUCUAUGGUCCUAUAGCUACUCAUGAUGAUCGAGGUGCGUUUCCCGAGCUGCGUAUAUUCGAAAUAUCGGAUAACAACUUUAGCGGAAGCUUGCCACCAAACUACUUUGUGAACUGGAAAGCAUCAUCACUCCAGAUGAAUGAAGAUGGGAGUAUAUAUAUGGACCACAAAGAAGAAAGUAUCAAAAAUACUUACUACAUUUAUGCAGAUCUUGUAGAUUUACAAUACAAAGGUUUAUCUUUGGAGCAAGUGAAAGUACUCACUUUCUACAGCGCCAUUGACUUGUCUGGAAACAGAUUUGAGGGACAAAUUCCUGAAUCUGUUGGUCUUUUGAAAACACUGAUUGCAUUAAACUUCUCAAAUAAUGCAUUCACAGGCCAUAUUCCCUCUUCUUUGGCCAACGUUGAAGCCUUGGAGUCACUUGACCUCUCCAGAAACCAACUCUCCGGGACUAUUCCUAAUGAACUAAAGACACUCUCGUUUUUGGCGUGCAUAAAUGUGUCUCAUAACCAACUCCAAGGUGAAAUACCACAAGGAACGCAAAUCACUGGACAACCUGCAUCCUCCUUUGAAGGGAAUGCAAGGCUUUGUGGUCUUCCUUUAGAGGGUAGCUGCACCGGCCCUCGUGUGGCGUCAAUACAAUAUGUGAAAGAAGACAAAAAAGAAGGAGAGAUGGUGAGUUGGGAAGCAGUGACUAUAGGAUAUGCUCUUGGUUUGUUGUUUGGAGUGGCAAUAUAUCAAGUGAUUGCUUCAUACAAGCCGGAGUGGCUCGUCAAAAUAAUUGGUCCAUAUUAUUGCAAAAGUUGUUAG